AUGAAGGUAACAAGAAACUUUUCGGACUUGGUUACCGAUUUAGACCGUAUUUCAUCGUCGACCAACUAUUCAGUGGCAUCAAAAAGUGGUAACAGCUAUAAGAAGCCGACAGAAUCAACAACGGAAAGAUUGACUAAUAACAAUGGUUCUGCUUCCCUGCCGUCUGGUUCGUUACAAAAACCAACCAGUUUAUAUGAGCCGUACUGGAGAGAUCCAUCUUUUUAUAAACGGCGCUACGGAAGUGAUGGGAUUUCAAUGAAUUCCGAAGAAGAAGCUAAGGAUCAACUAGUUAGACACACUACAUAUGCGCUUGUUAAAAGCCGAAAAGUGGAUGGAGGAGGAAAAAAUACUGACGGCAGUCUUGAGUCAAUUUGUGAAGGCUCUUCAAAUGCAGAAGAGUUUGGUUCACAAACCAUUUCUGACCCUCUUGCUCCACAGAUGCUUCGUGGUUUAUCGCCGGACUGCGAAGUAACAGGACGUAAAGUAUCUUUCAGUACAGCGCCUAUUAAGGUAUAUUCUACGCAUAGCGUCGCUGAUUACGAUCGACGCAAUGACGACAUUGAUCCUGUUGCAUCAUGCGCUGAAUAUGAAUUGGAAAGGAGGCUUGAUAAAAUGGAAAUUUUUGAUGUAAAAUUAGAGAAAGGAGUUGAAGGACUCGGGGUGUCGAUUAUCGGAAUGGGAGUCGGAGCAGAUUCAGGACUCGAAAAGUUGGGUAUUUUUGUUAAAAGUAUUACCUCUGGUGGUGCCGUUGAUCGUAACGGUAAAAUCCGAGUUUGCGAUCAAAUUGUCAGUGUGGAUGGUGUAAGCCUGGUCGGUGUUAGUCAAAUAUUUGCAGCUGAAACCCUUCGAGCAACCGGCAAUGAGGUUACGUUUACGAUUGGUCGUGAAACUAACUUAGAGGAUAGUGAAGUUGCACAGCUAAUCAGGCAGUCUCUGGAAGCUGAUAGAGCUCGAGAAGUUGCUCAUUUAGAAGAUGAUGUCGACUCAGACGAAGGUGAAGAUCCAUCGGUUGCUGCCCUGGCCAGUAAACAGGAGCAACAGAUUCGACUAAUAUCUUCUCAGGAGCGUAUAGCUGUUUUGGAAAUGGAAUUGAAUGAUUCACAAAAGAAAGCUGAUCAAAUGAAUCAAAUUCUUGAAAGUUCUCGAAGUCAUUAUGCCAUGCUUGAGAAUAAAUAUGAGCAUGCAAAUCAGUUGUUGCGAACCUAUCAAGAGAGAGAAAAAGAGCUGCUGGAACGAGAAGAGGCUCAUGUUGAUCAGUUACGGCAAAAAGAUGCUCACUAUAGUACACUGGUUGCUCAACUAAAGGAAAGAAUUGUUGAAUUGGAGAAAAAAAUUGAAGAAAUGGCUGCAAAACGACAAAGUGUAGUAGAAGGUGAAACAAAUGAACCAAAAGAACAGGUAGCAAACAACGAUGUAAGUCCAGCACUUGCUUACAAACCCACUUGUCCACUGGAUCAUUCGGCAGCAAAAGCUAAAGUGCUUGUUGUUAAAGCCAGUCAGACAACACGAAUGCCUCCCAGUAUGGGUCGUCGUGCAAAUACCGAAAGCGGUUGUGAGAGUUGUGCUGAUGAAACUUCUUGCGAUGGUAACAGAUCGUCAAGAGACAGUCCUAUACCAAGGAUAUCUGAACCAGCAAGUCCAAUAUUACCAUCCAAAUUUAGCCAUCGGAGAUUGCUGUUUCCACUCCGUAGACGAUGUAUUGCAACUGAACACGAAUUUUGGAGAGAUUCGUUCGAUUCGUUCCAGGGUUUACAAGUGGUACAUUGGACAUGCGAUGAUGUUUGUCAAUUGCUCAUACAAAUGGGUCUUGAUAAAUAUAUACCGGAAUUUACAGUCAAUCAAGUUACUGGCACAAAAUUUUUAGAUCUUGAUACUGCCAAAUUAAAGGCAAUGGGUAUUCAAAAUCAUUCGGAUCGUUCCGUGAUCAAGAAGAAAAUCAAGGCAAUUAAAGGAAAAAUUGAAAGAGAAAGAAAAGCAUUGGAGAAACAAAGUCGUCAACGGAUUGUCGCCACAACAAUUCCAUGA